AUGACGGACGAACGUAAUUUCCGUUCAUCUUAUUAUGAGAAAGUGGGAUGCCGUGGGGUAGAAGAGAAGAAAUCUUUGGAAAUUCUUAUGAAAGAAAAGCCAUGGGAUAAAGUAAAGCUGAAACAGUUUUGUUUGAGGUUCACUGUUCCCGCUGCUUAUAGGAAUAUUGUAUGGAAAGUACUUCUAGAUAUUCUCCCUGUUUACCCUGAUUCUCACGAAUUCGUAAUGGAGCAACGUACAGCUCAAUUCAAUGAUCUUAUACAUGCAGUGGAGGUUUUGGAUCUUGUAGAGCCUAAUGCCUCUCGCAGCGCUGUGCUUUUUGCAAUGUGGAUGUUGGAAAUGGAGCAGCGGAAACCACCUCUUUUUCCUGAGACUCUAUUUUCUUCUGCUGAAACAUUUAUACCUAUAGCAGAAACUCUUCAAGAGCUGUAUGAUGAAGUAGAUGUGUACUGGCUGACUAAAACCCUCACAGAGGUAGUGAAGAGCAUGCAGAAAGAUAUACCCAAGCUGAAAGAAGCAUUCUAUACUAUGCUGGAGAAAGAGGAUGGGGAACUUUAUAAUCAUUUGAUGGAUAUAAAUGCAAUACAAAUUUUUCCACUACUCAAAUGGUUUAACUGCUGUUUUGCGGGUGUUCUUGAUAAUACAUCACUUGCUAAAAUAUGGGACAAAGUGUGCAGCGGUGCACCAAAAGUUUUAUCAUUUGUGGCUGUGAUGCUAGUCAUUACGUUAAGAAGAAACAUAUUAAAAGCCAACAAUGCAGAGGAUGUCCUCAAAUGUGUUUCUGAGAUUCCGGAACAAUGUGAAGAAGUAGUAGCGAACAAGGCAAUCGAGCUGUGGCAGUACUAUGGAGCUCAGCCUCAAAAUGAUCAACUAGCGAAAAAAUGAUGUAUGACCUUCUAAUGGGCUUUGAGCUCAUUAGAAGGAAAAAAUGCAAUAAAUGCUUGGUUGCCGAUAGUGGCGAGUGGAGAGACACUGUGUAUUUAAAAAGUUUAAAAUUUGAUAAAAAUAAAUUUUACUGUGCUGGCUUAGCAAUUAGAGGAGAGCACAGAGCUUUGAAAUUCAAUUUCGUAAACUACUGUUGUCUGUUGGGCGUAAAGAAAAUGUGUAAUGCUU